AUGAGCCUUGAUCCGAGCACCUUUCCGAGGUCGAACUCCCCCGCAAGCUCCGAAAGCUCCUUGACGCGCUCGCGGCUCCAAGGCAAAGAAGGGUCACUCAAGAAAGACAAGAACUAUCGCCGCUAUGCGUCCAGCGUCGAACGGGCGCUGUCGCUAUUCGAUAAUGCCCUACAAGAAUGGGCCGACUACAUCUCCUUCCUCAGCCGUCUACUGAAGGCAUUACAAACCCACCGUCCCGACCAACCAGUUGUCCCCCACAAGGUGUUAGUCUCGAAACGCCUUGCGCAAUGUUUAAAUCCAUCGUUGCCUUCAGGCGUGCAUCAGAAGGCCCUUGAAGUUUACACGUACAUAUUUGGGUUGAUUAAGAUCGAGGGUCUCUCUCACGAUUUGCCGUUAUACCUGCCCGGUCUUGCCCCAACCCUGACCUUCGCCUCGCUCACUGUUCGCCCGCUUUUUCUGUCUUUGGUCGAAGGGUACAUUGUUGACCUGGAGCCUUGGGCCAUCCGCCCCGCUCUGAAAGCAGUCCUUCUAGCACUGCUUCCCGGGUUGGAGGAGGAAACAAGCGAUGAUUUUGAGCCAACGUUACGGAUUAUCAACAAGCUUCGAGACGCUUCCGUCCGCCUUGAAACACAGCGAACCUCCGAGGCUGAAGCAUCAGGUCAAUACUUCUGGCAAUGCCUGUUCCUUGCCUCCAUUACCAACUCCAGCCGUCGCCUUGGCGUGCUCGCAUACCUGAAUCGCUAUCUCCCAAAGCUGGGUAUUGCUGACCGCCGACCAAGCACGACAGGUAGCAAAGAAGUAAAAGACAUCCCACCUGAGAUGCUGGCUGCAGCAGACUCGGUAAUUCUUCCGGAGCCGGGUCUACUUGUUCGGUGCUUCGCGUCGGGCUUGUCUGAUGAGCAGCUCCUAGUCCAGCGGAAUUUCCUCGACCUACUGGUAACCCACCUUCCUCUGAACUCUCCCGUCUUACAGUCUCGAAUUACCAAUAAUGAUCUUCAAACACUGAUCAUUGCCGCCGUGGGGGUGGUCGCUCGGCGAGACAUGAGCUUGAAUCGCCGAUUGUGGGCAUGGUUCCUUGGUCCCGAGCCUGCAAAUGACCGUGCCUCCAUAGACGGUCGGAAGCCUUCUUCUGAAAUAGCUCGGUCGUCGUCUGUUGACGGAAAUGAGCUCUCGCAAUCUCAAUACUUCAGCCGUGUUGGUCUACAGCCUCUAGUCAAUGGUCUACUGAACAUGAUCAAGCAAUCUCCUAGUACUCCAUCUGAAAGGACAAAGCCAUUUAGAAUUGCCCUUUCGCUGAUGGAUCGGUGGGAGAUCGGUGGGUAUAUUGUACCUGCGAUAUUUCUCCCCACCGUGCACAGCGUUCAAGAAUUUGGAAGCCAAGCGCCUAAAAAUCACUUCGAUGAGGUUUUCCGUAGUGCAAGCGCCUUCUUCGAUGGUGUGGAAAGCAGCGUUAUUUUUUCUGAACUUCUCGGUCUCGUUGAUUUCCGCCCAAGUGAUGCGGAUACUGACAAUGCUCAAGUCUUGCGCAGCCUUGGCCUCGCGCAGUUCAUUCUCGAGAAUUUCAAUGUGCGAGAAGAAGACAUGAUUCAAAUUCACAUCCCUCUGUUGACAGUCUCGGUACUGGUUAAAAUGCGCGAGCUUUCAUCUCUGAAGACACCAUCUCCCAAAAAUUACGCUCAGAGACAAGCCGUAUCUGAUUCAUUGCACAAAGUUCUGAUGUCAUUGACGCCAUUGCUCACUGAAAGAGUGUUCUCAAGAAAGACCGGAUCCGAAAAGUCUGCGGCAGCCGAUACAAAGGCUCGUAACAGUGACAUUAUGAAAAAGGUUCAUAAUUUCUAUGAGCGCAGCAAGAACAGUCUGGAACUUCCGCCUCUUCCGUUUGCUCCAAAACAUAUCGGUGAGAUUAUCGUUCGUGAGGCACACGAACUAUCUAUUGAAGCCCUCGAAGGAGAUGAAUCAGCCUCGUCGCUUCACGAGAAGCUUAACAUCCUGUUAACAUUGCUUCAAAAACUUCCCAAGUCCCGGAUUCUUCGGGAUAGGCGGUUUUACGAGGCAAUAUCAAAGAGACUUGCUACAAGAAGUGACAGUCCCACAACAGCGUCAUUCGCAAUCGUCUGCACUAUUGCUUCUGUUGUGACUAAUUUAUUCUUCAUUCAAAGUCCUGGCUUCUAUGUAUCAUAUGUCGAUGCGAGUGAUCUUAUCCCGAGCAUGGUUGAACGACUAUGGCAGUAUUUGUCCCCUUUGAGCCCGAAAUUUCAUGUCGAGGCUGUUCGGUGCUUGUGGUUACUCCAUUCCAUUUCUUGGGUUGAUCACCUUGUUGAGGCUUCCAUUACAACAUUGAUGGUCAAGGCUGCAGGUACCAGUUCCUACCAUCUGUCAUCCGAAGACCAAGCGGAGAAGUUCUUCGUUCUCUGGAACCAUAGUCACCAUGGAACACAUGAUCAACCCCCUAAACAAGUGCUUGACGUUGGGGGAACCCCGUUCUCUUAUCAAUGUUCUCUUCUCGAGCGCCCCCUUUUCAUAGUUCUUGACCUUCUUUCUCAAGAACCUGGUGACAUUUCCCAAAAUGUCCAGCAGUGGCUUCAAGAUCUGCCUUCCAUUCAUAGAAUAUUUCUUCUUGUUGUCUCGAAGCUUGAAGAAUUGUUCGAACGCGAUAGCCCCAGUGAUGCGGAGAAUAACCAGGCGAUCUCACCAGAUGAUUACAAGGAAUGUAACUACCUUGUGCGAACUGUUUCAAACAUCAUUUCUACCCUUUCUCAUAACGGAUGGAUUACGCUCCUCACCCACACUGCGGGCCAGCCAGAAAAGCGCGCCGAUCUCACGCCAUCUGAAGGCAGUGCAAAUGUGAAAAGUCUCCAUGCAUCCGUUUUUGAAGCCUCUCUUAAGAUCGUCGGUGAUCAAGUGCCUAGUUCGGUAUCAACUACACCGGAAGGAGAAAGGCUACAAAAGGAUGCUCUUCAUCUCAUGCGACAACUUCUCUUGGGCCCUGGUGCUGAGGAUCUGGUUGAGUCAGGCAUUGAUGAAUUCCUUGUCGAUCACCUCCUAGUCUCUUGUGAUGAAGGAAAAAGCAUUAUGGUACAGGGUGCUAUUAUUGAUGCGCUUCUCGCAGCCCUCAAAGUACGCUUUGCUCAAGCCUACUUGCCGCCGGUUCCUCCUCGGCCGAAAAAUCAACAUGCAAUUUCCCGUGAGCGUUUGACUAGUCCCUCCAUCUUGUCAUUUACCAGCGACAAGGCCGACAGAGGGCCCUCAAUGCCUCAGCUUCCUCGUCCUCCCGAAAGACUCCUCGACUGCCUGCUUAAAGGUAUCAGCUCGGCGAAGUCGCGAGAGAUUGUGGAUAAGUGGAUCGGUUUACUCUGCGAGGUGCUCCCACUCUAUUCGCACUCUAUUUUCCAAAUACUCCUCAUACUUGUAGAAUGCUUUUGUCGAGAAAUUAGGGAAUCGUUCAAGAGACUCCAGCUUGCUUUUCAGCAAACGGAAGACUGGCCGCAAGAUCGUUCGGAGCAUGUCACCAUUUCUCUGCUUACUGGCCUUGAGACCUGCAUUGCCAAUGCUCACGAGCGCCUUCUUCUGGAAGAGGCAAAUGCCCCAGCAGCCAAGAGCCCAGAUCAGCCUCAGGGCUUUUUCGGCAAUAUGGUAUCAGGUGUUUUCAAUUCAGAUGGCAGUCAGGCGCGUUCCAAUACCGCCAAUGACAGACUGACAGUUCUGCUUUGCUUCCAAGAUGCUGUUCGUCUUUGUUUCUCUAUAUGGGCAUGGGGUGCUGGAGAUCGGAGCGGACCGCCUCCAGACUCCGAGUCGAUUGCGUCGUUUCAAUACACGUCCCUGCGAAUGCGAAACCGGUCACGCCGAAUUUUGGAGCAUUUUUUCACCGCCGAAGCUCUGGAAUGUCUAGAGACACUUGUUGAAAUGUGGACUAAGUCUGAUACUGAAACCGCGUCCCUCAUUUUCAAUCUUCUGCACACUCUUGAUGGCUCAAGCCCAAAGAUUGCCAUUCCGGCUGUUUUCAAUGCGAUCUAUACACGCACAAAUCCCGCUGCGCUGGAAAAUAACCGCAAAUCAUCUAUGUCUUCCAAUUUGUCUGAAUCCGAGCUCGCCAGCUUCCUAGUUGCUUAUGCCCGCUCUUUGGAUGACGACUUCCUUGACGAGAUUUGGACCGACUGCACAACUUUUUUGCGAGAUGUGCUCAGUAAUCCUUUUCCUCACCGACAAAUCCUACCACGUUUGAUUGAAUUUGCAGCCAUUCUGGGUGCAAAAUUGGAAAAUACGACUUUUGGCGAAGACCGACGCAUGCGCAAGGAGUUAGGCGACGUUGUAUUACGGCUAUUGACUGCCGUAUUUACAAGCAAGCCUUUGGGGCUGAAUCAAGACUCUAGCCUCUUGGCGAGGUCAUCACUAGAUUAUGACCGUACUGCGGUAUCACAUACUGGGCCAGAUGACAUGUUGAGCAUCCUCGCUGUCUCCAUGCCUUCCUUCCUCGCAACCUUGGGUGACUCGGACCGUAUCAACACAGCCAUUAGCGGAGUCUCAGCGAAUGUCGUUGGCCCGCUUAUUCGUUCUCGUCUAUUCCCCAACAAUCUCAACCGCAACGUCAUGACGCUUCUGCAGCAAAUGGCCAAGGUGCCUGCGGCAGCUAAGCUGUGGAAAAAAGAUAUCGCAGAUGCAUUCAAUGAUCCACGCUUUUUUGGUUUGCAUGUGGAUCUUGUGAAGAACUGUUGGAUGGACCUUCUGCGACAAUGGACGCUGGUUGAUAAAGAUCGCCUGACAGAACUAUUGGUUCGUAUCCCACCCCCCAGCGCAGCGGGAAUCAUGUUUGGCGUCGGGGCAUCUGCGGCGCGACUGGACGCAGAUCGCAAAGCGCAGCUCAAUCUCCGUCGCACUGCGCUCCUCAUCCUAUCUGCAAAUGAGGACUAUUUUGUGGCCGAGCUUCCGAGUCUGCUGCAAAAAUUAGAAGACCUUCUCGCCGCUACCAGCUCUUCUUCGCCGUCGUCCGCGACACGAGCAGAGAUUUAUAUGGUGCUCCGUGCGGUGGUGAUCAAAACUUCCAACACUGCCAUCGCUCCAUUUUGGCCGCUUAUCAAUGGUGAACUGCAAGACGCUGUCUCGGCCGUUCCCCAAACCCCACAGUCCGAGCUUUACAACUCCUACUCGCUGCUGCAAGCCUGCAAACUUCUCGAUAUCCUACUGGUUGUCGCGCCGGACGACUUCCAGCUCAUGGAAUGGCUCUUUGUAACUGAUACCAUUGACGCCGUUUACCCGCCAGAUCGCUGGGAGCCAGUAGCCUUGGCUGAUGAGGUUUCUCAGAGCUUUGGUCCCCGCGGUGUAUUCUCACCGAUGGUGCAUGGUGAGCCCUCUGAACCUAUCGUACGCGGAGGACUCAAGCGGCCAUGGCUCAUCUCGGACCGCAUCCGUGAAACCGCCAAAGAUGAGAUUUUUGAGCGGGUAUUACGGCCCUUUUUUGAUCGCCUGAGCAUCUAUGUGUUUGAGAGCACAUAUGGUAUGGAGAAUGCUGAUAUGGCGGUGUGCCUUGAUGAUCUAUUGGCAGACCUAUUCAACGAGAGUACGAUGGCGAAUUAA